AUGUCCGACACGGCUCGCGCGACGCGGGUGAAGAAUAAAGCGCCCGCGCCGGUGCAAAUCACCGCGGAACAAAUCGUGCGCGAAUCCGCGGAGCGCGCGGAGGACGUGUACGGGGCGCCGAAGCGGAAGAUCGCGGACCAGGAGGAGCUGAAGGAGUACAGAUACGAACAGCGGAAGCAGUUCGAGGAUCGAGUGCGGUCGUCGUACUGGGAACCGCGGGCGUGGAUACGGUACGCGAAGUGGGAGGAGGGACAGGGGGAUUUGCCGAGGGCGCGAAGCGUGUGGGAGCGAGCGCUGGAACAUCACGGACGGGACGUGCCGAUAUGGUUGCAGUACGCGGAGAUGGAGAUGAAGAACAAAGCGAUCAAUCACGCGAGGAACGUGUGGGAGCGGGCGUGCUCGACGCUGCCGAGGAUUGAUGUGUUUUGGUACAAGUACGUGAACAUGGAGGAGACGCUCGGGCAGGUUGCGGCGGCGAGACAGGUUUUCGAGAAAUGGAUGAAGUGGGAACCCGAACACACGGCGUGGAACGCGUAUGUGAAGAUGGAGCAGAGGUACGGGGAGAAAGAGCGGGCGAGGGAUAUCUUUCAGCGGUAUGUGCAGGUGCACCCGGACGUGAAGGCGUGGACGCGCUGGGCAAAGUUUGAGUUUUCGUCGGGCGAACGCGACAAGGCGCGCGAGGUGUACGAAGCCGCGGUGGAGUUUCUGCGGAACGAACCAGAGGUUGGGAACUUAUACGCCAACUUUGCCAAGUUUGAGGAGAUGUGUCACGAAGUUGAGCGCGCUCGGGCGAUUUAUAAAUUCGCUCUCGAUCGUUUGCCCAAGGAGCAAGCCGAGUCUGUGUACAAGGAGUUUAUGAAGUUUGAAAAGAUGCACGGAAAUCGAGAAGGGAUCGAGGACGUCGUUGUGGGGCAACGACGGUUCAAGUACGAGGAAGAAGUGUCCAAGAAUCCGCUGAACUACGACACUUGGUUCGAUUACAUUAGACUAGAAGAAAACGCCGGCGACAUGGCGAAGACGCGCGAGGUGUACGAACGCGCCAUCGCCAACGUGCCGCCAGCGAACGAAAAACGCUUUUGGCAGCGAUACAUUUAUAUUUGGAUCAACUACGCGCUUUACGAAGAGCUCGAGGCGCGAGACGUGGAACGCACGCGAGAGGUGUACCGAGCGUGCCUCAAGGUGAUUCCACACGCCGAGUUUUCGUUUUCAAAGAUUUGGAUCAUGGCGGCAAAGUUCGAGCUUCGUCAGCGACGACUCGAUGCGUGCCGUAAGAUUUUUGGAUUGGCCAUUGGAUUAGCACCGAAGGCAAAGAUAUUCGCGACUUACAUUGAGAUCGAGUUCCAGCUCGGGAACGUCGACAGGUGUCGCACCCUGUACGAAAAGUACUUGGAAAUUGAGCCGCAAAAUUGCUCGACGUGGAUCAAGUACGCCGAACUCGAGCGAUCGCUCGGAGAAAUCGAACGUGGGCGCUCGAUUUUCGAACUCGCGGUUGAUCAGGCCAUGCUAGACAUGCCGGAGGUACUUUGGAAGGCGUACAUCGAUUUCGAGACGUCCGAGGGAGAGCGCGAGCGUACGCGCGCGCUUUACGAGCGUCUUCUCGAGCGUACGAAGCACGUCAAGGUAUGGAUGUCUUACGCGCGCUUCGAAGCAACACCGAUUGUUGUUGUGGAUGACGACGCCGACGACGCUGCGAUAGCCGCCGCCACCGCCGCGGCGGAGAACGACGAGCACGAACGCCUCGAGACGCGCCAAGCGAAAAGCCGCGCCGUGUACGAGCGAGCGCUCGCUGAACUCAAAGAAAUCGAUCCAGACGCCAAAGAAGAGCGUGUCAUGCUUCUCGAGGCGUGGAAGUCAUUCGAAGACACCUUACCGAGCGAAUUCUCGAAAUCCGCCGACGUCAAGGCGCGUCUUCCCAAGCGCGUUAAGCGCAAGCGCGCCGUCGAGGACGACGACGGUCGCGAAAUCGCACAGGAAGAGUACUACGAUUACGUCUUCCCCGACGACGCCGGCGCCGCGCAACCGUCGCUCAAGCUUCUCGAAGCCGCGUACGCGUGGAAGAAGGCCAAAGCCGCGGCUGAGGCGACGGAUUAA